CUCUUUGGCUGCGCAUGCGCACAUAUACUUUGCAUACUAAGAUUUGUUGUUUUCUUUCACGAAAUCGUUAUUGCUGUCGAUAAGCCGGCUUCCUGGAAUUUUUUCAAUAUACCUAGUCCUAAGGUGGAUCGGUACGUUAUCAUAUCAAUUUUAAACCAUUUGAUUGCUUAAAAUGGAAUAUAUUACUUGAAAUUCGCUUGAUCUGCGCAUAAAGAAAGCACGCCAAGGAAUUUUCCACGUUCUGGUUUGAUUUAACUCUAUUUUUUCGUUUAGAUGGCUACUAUGCCGAGUCCUUAUCCACCAUCAGGUGGACAACCCACGGAUAAUGCACCACCCCAAGCCCCAGAUAACCUAGAAAAAAUGCAGAAAGCCAUUCAGUCAAUGGAGGAGAAAAACAUGACCGACGAUCCAAGGUAUCAUCAAUUGGUAGCCUUAGCGAACAAGACAAAGUUGCAGCAGCAAACAGGAAAAAAUAAUCCGAUCACUUGCAACCAACUAGCCCAAUUGAGGGCUCAGAUAAUGACCUAUAAACUUAUAUCUCGCAAUCAGUCAAUCCCCGAUAAUAUUCGCUUGGCUGCGGAAGGUCGAUCUACAUCAUCAGUCGCAUCACAGCCGACACCAACUCCUCCAUCCAUGCAAUCUUUAACGUCCGGACAAAAACAGGUUAAAUUAGCACCGGUUAAGAAGCCGGCUAGCCUAGAUCCUCAAGAGAUGCUGGUAGAGAGAGAAAAUCGAAUUCAAGCAAGAAUAACUCAUAGGAUUAAAGAAUUAGAAAAUAUGCCAACUGUAAUGGCAGACGAUUUAAAAGUCAAAGCUAUGAUAGAGUUAAGGGCUCUUAGGCUCAUCAACACUCAAAGACAAUUACGUCAGGAUGUUGUUUCAUCAAUGCGUAAAGAUACAACAUUAGAAACUGCUCUCGCUCCAAGAGCCUACAAAAGAGCUAAAAGACAAGGCUUGAGAGAGGCAAGAGUUACAGAGAGAAUUGAAAGGCAGCAAAGACUCGAAGCUGAAAGAAGACGGCGACAGAAGCAUCAAGAAUAUUUGAACGAGGUUAUGUCGCACGCUAAAAAUUUCAAAGAUCAUCAUAGGACUAUGAGCGCUAAGAUGGCCAAGAUCAACAAAGCUAUCUUAACUUACCAUGCUAACACCGAGAGGGAAGCUAAACGAGAGCAAGAGCGUAUAGAAAAAGAACGUAUCAGAAGACUUAUGUUAGAAGAUGAAGAAGGCUACAGAAAGUUGAUUGAUCAGAAAAAAGACAAACGCUUAGCAUUCCUUUUGCAACAAACAGAUGAAUAUGUUGCCAACUUGACAAAAUUGGUAGCUGCUCAUAAAGUAGACGCCCAAAAUAAGAAAAAAGAGAUGAAGCGACAACGAAAAGAGGAACGAAUGGCCAAAAAUGUACUUAGAGCUGUGGGUGCCGACGGCGAAGAACGAGUGACCGUAUUUGAACCUCAGUCGAAUAUAACUCUUAGCGGCGAUGACGCACCAAGAGCACACGAACUUGAUAAAUGGUUGGAUGAACAUCCAGGUUGGCAAGUGAAGAAACAAGAAGAUAUUCCUGAAGACGAAGAACAAGAAAGUAGUGAUGAAAGCGAUGAUGAAACAAUUAAUGAUGCACGAGUUGACGUUAUCGCUGAAAAGGCAGCAAAGGCUGAUGAUGAUGACUAUAGGAAAGGUGAUUUGGAAUCAUAUUACGGCUUAGCCCACUCUUGUACCGAAAAGAUAACUGAGCAGGCUGAUAUGAUGGUAUAUGGAAAAUUGAAGCAAUACCAAUUGAAAGGCUUAGAAUGGUUGGUAUCGCUAUAUAAUAACAAUUUGAACGGUAUUCUUGCCGACGAAAUGGGUUUAGGAAAAACAAUUCAGACUAUCGGAUUAAUUACUUACUUGAUGGAAAAGAAAAAGGUCAACGGACCGUACCUAAUUAUUGUACCUCUUUCAACUCUAUCAAAUUGGUUAUUAGAGUUCGAUAGAUGGGCACCUACAGUUAAGAAGAUGGCCUAUAAAGGCUCCCCGAAUGCAAGACGAUCCUUGCAAACACAAUUAAGACAUACAAAAUUUAAUGUUUUAUUGACAACUUACGAAUAUGUAAUGAAAGACAAAGCGGUUUUAGCCAAAAUUAACUGGAAAUACAUGAUCAUUGACGAAGGACAUCGUAUGAAGAAUCAUCACAAUAAGUUAACAGCAGUUUUAAAUACCCACUAUAACGCAGGGUAUAGAUUAUUAUUGACUGGAACCCCUCUCCAAAAUAAAUUACCUGAGUUGUGGUCUUUAAUGAACUUUCUUUUACCAGCAAUCUUUAAAAGCUGUACGACAUUCGAACAAUGGUUUAACGCUCCAUUUGCAAUGACAGGAGAAAAAGUAGAAUUAAAUCAGGAAGAAUCUCUGUUGAUUAUCAGAAGAUUGCAUAAGGUACUUAGACCAUUCUUACUUCGUCGUCUUAAGAAAGAAGUAGAAAGUCAGCUGCCUGAUAAGGUGGAAUAUGUUAUCAAAGUUGAUAUGAGUGCCUUACAAAGAACAGUUUACAAGCAUAUGCAAAGAGGUGUAAUGCUUACAGAUGGUUCUGAAAAGGACAAAAAGGGCAAAGGUGGUACCAGAGCUCUCAUGAAUACUCUUAUGCAACUAAGGAAAAUUUGCAAUCAUCCGUUCAUGUUUAGAGACAUCGAGAAGGCAUUAGCUGAACACCAGGGAAUGGGCCAUGAUGGUAGUAUUCAUGGCAAAGAUUUAUUCAGGUCAGCUGGUAAAUUUGAAUUGUUGGACCGAAUUUUGCCAAAAAUGUAUAAAACGAAUCAUCGCGUUCUCCUGUUUUGUCAAAUGACCACUUGUAUCGAUAUUUUAGAGGAUUUUUGUAGACUUAAAAGUUUGAAGUAUCUUCGUUUGGAUGGUACUACAAAAUCUGAAGAAAGAGGAGAACUAUUGGAACUUUUUAACAAGCCUAAUUCAGAUUAUUUUAUUUUCUUAUUGUCGACAAGAGCCGGAGGUUUAGGUUUAAAUUUACAGGCAGCUGACACUGUUAUUAUUUUUGAUUCCGAUUGGAAUCCUCACCAAGAUUUACAAGCUCAAGAUAGAGCUCAUCGUAUUGGUCAGAAGAACGAAGUCCGUGUUUUACGUUUCUGCACUGUCAAUUCCGUUGAAGAAAGGAUUUUGGCUGCUGCAAGAUACAAGCUUAACGUCGACGAAAAGGUUAUUCAGGCUGGAAUGUUUAAUCAAAAUUCUACAUCAACUGAGAGGCGACAAUUUCUCCAAGCUCUUUUGGAGCAAGCUGAUCCUAAUGAGGAAAAUGACGCAGAUGAAGUCCCCGACGAUGAAACUAUUAAUCAAAUGUUAGCAAGAACGGAAGAAGAAUUCGAUCUUUUCCAAAAUAUGGAUUUAGAACGGAGAAGGAGUGAAGCCAAUGCUGGCAGUCGAAAACCCAGAUUAGUUGAAGAGUCAGAACUACCGAAAUGGUUAUUGAAGGAAGAAACCGAAGUAGAACGGCUGACAAGUGAACAGGAACAGGAUAAACUCUAUGGUAGAGGCUCUCGGGUUCGCAGGGAAAUUGACUAUUCCGAUCAGCUAACUGAACGACAAUGGUUACAAGCAAUUGAAGAGGGUAAUUUAGAUGAAAUCAUCGAUGAACAAAGAUCAACAAAGGUAGCAUCUGGAAGGUCAACUCCACAACAACCUACACCGUCACGAGGACGAAAAGCUCGUGGAGGAACAUCUAACCGAAGUAGUAGGGGACGCUCAAGAACUAGUGGGAGAGUUACGCCAGCUACUGCCAACAAUCCUAAUCCUAUGAAAUUAACAAAUUUAAUGAGAAAGUUACUUAGCGUUGUCAUCUCUUAUCAAGACUCUGAUGAACGCUAUCUGUCGGAGCCUUUUAUGAAAUUACCCUCUCGUCGCGAGUUACCCGAUUAUUACAGACAGAUAGAAUUACCAAUUGAUUUUGAAGCUAUAAAGGAACGUGUUCGAACACAUAUUUAUCGAUCUUUAGAUGAUUUGGAAAAAGAUGUUACAUUGUUAUGUAAAAAUACGCAGGAUUAUAACAUGGAAAAUUCGUUAAUUUAUGAGGAUUCUAUUGUAUUACAUUCGGUGUUCACUAAUGCCCGUCAAAGGCUGGAGGCGGAUCCAAAUAGUAUUAAAACUCCUCCACCAAGCGAAGAUGAGGAGGAAGAGGAAGCUCCUACCCCAGCUCGAGAUGACAUUGAAGAAGAAGACGAGGAGGAGGAGGAGGAGGAAGAAGACGAUGACUGGAAAACUCCGAAGAAGAGAGGACGACGGCCUAAGGGCCAUAGAUCGGCAGGAAGGGGUAGGAAGAGGAAGGAUGAUGAUGAUGACAGUGAUGAAGGUAUACCGAAGAAAAAAAGAUCAAGGAAAAAACGAAUUGUCGAGGAAGACAUUAAUCCAGAGGAUGAAGAUGAAUAG